GGUUCAUCUCCAACAUUUAGCAAAGGAAAUGUCUAAAAUCUCAUCAUUUACCACAGAGGUCCGGUGUAUUUAGCCACAGCACAAACCCUGCCGCUGUAUUUCAGUACAGACAGGAGUCUUUUUUAAUUCACUCGUUCUAAUGAUUCAGUUACACGGAAAACAACAGCUUCACAAGUCACUGUGUGUCGUAUGAAACAAAGUCCCGGCAGUUUCCUGCAGCCUUGCUGUGAUGACCCCGCCCACGUUGGGGAGGUUCUAUAUUGCGAUGGAAAACCGACCAAACUGAGUCGAGCCGAGGUGAGGCGAGCCGAGGUGGUACCAUGUAGUGGAAAAACACCAUAAAUGAUGGAAUAGUUUGACUUGUGGGUUAUUUUUUUUUCUUUCUUGCAGAGAGUUGGAUCCGGAGAGUCAGUAUCACUAUGAUAAUAUAAUACUCAAGUCAGCAGAGGUCAAAUAUAAUGUUUAUUACAAUAAUGUUGGCAUCAACACUCUCAGUAAGGAAGCAAACACAGUAUAUGCCCAUUCCCCACAUUAUUGAACCACUGGGAUAUUCCUUUAAAUCCAACCAACUCCAGCUGUGCACACUAGUUCCUCUUUCUACUUCCUCCUCGUGCCUCCUCGUCUCCUCACAGGAGGUCUUGUUCACCUGCGUCCUCUUCCCUCCCGCUGUGUCUCUAGGCGUUUGCGUGGUGGACGGACCUCAUGGUGGAGCACGCAGAAAACUUCUUGGCCCUCUAUGCCAUCGACAUGGACGCCGCUCUGGAGAUCCAAUCACCCGAGAGCUGGGACAGUUUUCCUCUCUUCCAGCUACUCAACGACUUCCUCCGGACAGACUAUCACCUGUGCAAUGGAAAGUUCCACAAACACCUGCAGGAUCUGUAUGCCCCUCUGGUGGUUAGAUAUGUGGAUCUGAUGGAGUCCUCCAUCGCACAGUCAAUUCACAAGGGCUUUGAGCGAGAGUCCUGGGAGCCUGUAAAGAGUUUAACAAGUAAUCUGCCCAAUGUGAAUCUACCAAAUGUCAACCUCCAAAUUCCCAAAGUACCAAAUCUGCCAGUGCCAGUAGCAGGACUAUCAGUUAACCUUCCACAAAUGCCUAGCUUUUCUACCCCGUCAUGGAUGGCUGCUAUAUAUGACUCUGACAACGGCUCCGGGACAUCGGAGGAUCUCUUCUGGAAGCUGGACGCCCUCCAGACUUUCAUCAGGGACCUGCACUGGCCCGAGGAGGAGUUUGCCAAACACCUCGAGAGUCGCAUCCAGCUCAUGUCGAGCAACAUGAUCGAGAACUGCGUCAAGCGCACCAGGAUGGCGUUUGAAUCCAAGCUGACAAAGAGCAGCAAGUCCACAGAUUUCCGCAUUUCUCCAUCCUUAUGCACUAUGUUCAACGUGAUGGUAGAUGCCAAGGACCAAUCAGCCAAAUUGUGCGCUAUGGAGAUGGGCCAAGAGGUAAAACCUGCAUCCGGAACAAAACAGUUCCACUCCCAAAUAGACGAGCUGAUAGAGGAGAGCGUGAAGGACAUGAUCCAGCUCCUGGUCGCAAAGUUUGUUGCCAUUCUGGAAGGCGUGUUGGCGAAGAUUUCCAGAUAUGAUGAAGGCACUCUCUUCUCCUCGUUCCUCUCCUUCACGGUGAAAGCUGCCUCAAAAUAUGUGGAUGUACCUAAACCUGGCAUGGACGUGGCUGACGGCUACGUGACCUUUGUCCGCCACUCUCAGGAUAUGCUUCGUGAUAAGGUCAAUGAGGAGGUGUAUAUAGAAAGGUUAUUUGAUCAAUGGUACACUGCCACCAUGAACCUGCUGGGGACCUGGCUCACUGAACGGAUGGAUCAGCAGCUCCACGUCUACCAGCUCAAGAUCCUGAUCAGGAUCACAAAGAAAAAGUACAGGGACUUUCGACUGCAGGGCGUCCUCGACUCCACCCUGAACAGCAAGAUGUACGAGACCGUGCGCACCAGGCUGACCGUGGAGGAAGCCAGCGCGUCAGUGAGGGAGGGAGGAAUGCAGGGCAUCUCCAUGAAGGACAGCGACGAGGAGGACGAAGAGGACGACUAGAGCCUGUGCACUGACACUGCAGCCCCCCCUUUUCCCCUUCCCCCAAAACUCCUCACCCUGCACCCCCCUUUAACACUUUUGACUUUAGCCUGGUUACCGAUGCAUGUACCAACUCAGAUAGCCACUCUAGGACCUCUUUGUCAGCUCGAAAAAUGCCUAUGAAGGAACUAUUAACUAUAAAAAAAAAAUAGUAACUUAUACGGAAAAAUCAAAAUCAAAAAAAAAAAUGUUUAAAAAAAUAAAAUAAAAAUAACCACGAUUGGCAGUUUAGCUGUGUCAUGAUAAAGAUAGCACCUAUCUUUGUUUCAUUCAUUUCUGAAACCAUUCCUAUGUGUUACUAAGCAAUAUGGAGAACCAUUUGUUUGAAAAUGUUGAGUGAGAUUAAUAGGUGUGUCCCUGUCCAAUGCAAACCUAUAUGGCGCUUCUUUGUCGUAUUCUACAUUCAUUAAUGGUUACACUGUCGUGAUGAAGAGUGUGUGCGUGUGCGUGCGUGUGUGUGUGUGUGUGUGUGCGUGCACCCUUUCCUUUGUCUUGUCUGUUUUUAAGUGAAUGCCAACUGCUUCAAACUGAAAAUAAAAACCUCUGUAUUUGUUUACGGCUGUUCCA